GCGGGGGCGGUGUUGGAGCGCGGUGGGUCGUGACAGCACCAGCCCCUUUCCCCUGCACCCCUCCCGGGACACCCCCGGUACCGGGGCUUUGGACUGGGCGCUGGCCGCGAUGCUCUGAGAAGCGAGUCGAGGCCUACAGCGGGUGUUUUACAGCAGCUUGUGUGGAACUGUAGGGUAGGACGCGCACCUCCGCCGUGUGGAAGCGCUCCCCGUGCUGUUCCAGGUCCGAGGCCAGUAGCUUACUCUGUCACCAACCUGUGUUAUUAGAGUACUCAUCAAUAGCAUUGCUAGUGGAAGAAUCUGCAUGGAGUAAACCAGCUGUGAAUUUACAUUGCUAUCCUACAAAUUUACUAUAAAUCUCAAUUCAAGUGGAGACUGUCUGACUCUUUCCCAUUGUGAAUGAUCUUUAAAACAACUCUACUCAGCCAUGUCGUACGGACCGGGUUUUGGGGAUCCUAAUCAACUAGCCCAACGCAUAACUUCUAACAUCCAGAAGAUCACACAGUGCUCUGCUGAAAUACAAAGAAUACUACAUCAGCUUGGAACACCACAAGACACGCCUGAGUUGAGGCAACAGCUGCAACAGAAGCAGCAAUACACCAACCAACUUGCCAAAGAAACUGACAAAUACAUUAAGGAGUUUGGAUCUUUGGCUGCAACAAGUGAACAGCGUCAAAGAAAAAUACAGAAAGACCGUCUUGUGGGGGAGUUCACCACAGCACUUACAAAUUUCCAAAGACUCCAAAGGCAAGCUGCUGAGAAAGAAAAAGACUUUGUAGCCAGAGUAAGAGCCAGCUCAAGGGUGUCUGGUGGUGCUCCAGAAGAUAGCUACAAAGAAGGAACACUUGUGUCUUGGGACAGUCAACCACAAGCACAAGUGCAAGAUGAAGAAAUUACAGAGGAUGAUCUCCGUCUUAUCGAGGAGAGGGAAUCUUCCAUUAGGCAGCUUGAAGCUGAUAUUAUGGACAUCAAUGAAAUUUUCAAAGAUCUAGGAAUGAUGAUUCAUGAACAAGGUGAUGUGAUAGACAGCAUAGAAGCCAACGUGGAAAAUGCAGAUGUACACGUGCAGCAAGCAAACCAGCAGCUGGCAAGAGCAGCAAACUACCAGCAAAGAUCCCGAAAGAAGAUGUGCAUACUCAUUGUUAUACUUGUUGUUGGAUUAUUGCUUCUUGGACUCAUCAUAUGGUUAACUAACAAAUAAGUCCCUGGAGAAAGCUUUGUAAUUGGUAUUUAAAUUAGGAAAGGAAAUUUCUAGUCAUGGUUUGCUCAUUGUGAAGCUGAGUAAAAUAGUAAUUCUGUACUUCAUCUCACUUUUUUUUUAUAAGACUUAUUGUUUUAACCUGAGAAAUAAUGUUCUCAGUACUACCAUCAGUAUAACUGCCUGCCCUCUUGGAUGUGGGUGCUGUCUUACAAGAAAAAAGCAGUCAAGGUCAUAAACUGUUUCGUUAACUUAAACAUAAAAACCUCUCAAGGUUUAGGGAGCUAAUCAAAGUCAUGAUAAUUUGUUUUGACAGAGUGGGUAAUUAUCUCUUGGGAUAUUGCUAAAUGUUGCUGCCAAAACAAACUCCUGAAUUGUUGCUUGAGGCAACAAAUUCACAUCUCAGAAUUUAUUUUUAAGUUAGAAAUGUAUUUCUUGUCUGUUUCCCUUCCAUCCAACUCACCUGCCCAUUUGAUAUGGGUGGUUCGAAAAUAAAACUUAGGUUGCUGAAGUUGGUGUGAUCUCUCUUUUAUACUUGAAGCCUGUGAAUUAAGCCUUCUAAGUUUUCUUGAAAUAUUUUAGAUGCUCUUAUUCUCUGUAUCUGGCAUCGGAUAUGGUUAUGUCUGAAGCCUCCUGCAAAGGUAGGUAGGGUGGAUGGUGUAAUUAUGUCAAUUUUUUGUUUCAGUUCUUGCAUUAAGAAAUACUGUGUUUUAUGUGCAUACAUAUGGUAUCUUUGCAUCUGAAGUGUGGAUCAAUGAGUUUGGCUAAAUGAAAAUAAGAUCUAGUCUGUGAAUUUUUAGAGUUACUGGGAAAAAUAGAAACUCCCAACUUCCUAGCUGCACUUGAAUGUCACUGUUCUGAAACUGCUGUGAUUUAGUUUCCAUGAACAGAUCCAACCUUGUAUGUAAGGUCUUUUAUACAGCUGAAGAAAAGGAGAUUACAAUUUCAAUUCCAAGUUCAACACUGGAAUUUGAAAUUAAGUUAAAAUCGGUUGAACUGAUUGAAACUAUUUAAGGCAUUUGAUGCUUUUGGCCUUUAAAAUGACCUUCUUCCUUUUGUGCCAUUUUAUACUAAUAUAUUAAAAAUAUAACAACACUUUUUUGCCAAUUAAUCUAUUUGCCUUUUUAAUUGAUCUUGGUGAACUAAUCUGAAAGUGUAUAGAUGAAAAAGUAAUUUCAUCUGUAUUUUAUAACGUUCUUAUACACCAGACUGAUAGAAAAUGCACUGUUUACAUGAUGAGCUAUGAAAUAUUAUUUGGGAACAAUCUAACUGUAAGCAUAAAUGGACUUUAGAAUUGUAACUGUGCAACCAAAAUAAAGGUCUUUUAAAGAGUA